UAUAUAAAUACAGCUAUACGGAAUAUAGGUCAUGUCAAGUCAACACAGGACGUGAAAAUGUACAAAUUUGUGCUAUUUUUGUUUGUAGCCGCUCUGAUGGUGGAGGACAUCCAAUCCUGCUGCUGUUGCAGCCGCGAGCCCUACAUGACGAAGACCUGCCUCGAGUGUCUCUUCGACCUCUGCCCCGAAUACAUCCCCUCCAAGUGCGGCUGCAGCUGCUUCAAGGACCUCGCUAACCCGUGCAAGUCCUGCGGAUGCGGUUGCGGAUGCGGAUGUGGAAAGACACUCUACUUUCCAGAAGUAGAGUAUCCUGUCACCAGUUAUAAUAUGAAUCCGUUUUACUAUGGUUCUUGUUUCGGUUAUUAGUUUAGUCAAAGAUAAUUUGAAAUAUAUGUAGGUAUAUUGUAAAAGAAAACUUUGUAGUGACGUAAAUUUACUGCCAUCUUUCGACACAUGAUUGAAACUUUUAGAACGCCAUUUGACUUUGAUUCUUAUUGUUUCACUGAUAUGUGUUCAAUUUGUUAAAUAUC